GGAAGUGCCGGAGCCCGAGCGUGUGUGUAUUUGUUUACAGCCACGAGAUGUGCCCGGCUGAUGCACCUCGUCGGCACAGCUGUACAUGAAUGAAUGACAACAUUCACAGUUUUUGUCACCAAAAAUAAUCCAGAAUAUAUUCCGCGUGUCACCGACGCAGCCUUCCCCGCGCGUCUGCUAUGUGCGCGCGGCGUGACAACGGGGCUAACACCCGCUAACGAGACAUGCUAAAGCCACGCCGGUGUGUGUUAGCUUGCUCAACUCCAAGGUUCCCUCCGCGUCGCGCCGUCACCUGACACCGUCCGUGGCAGUGUCGUUACUUCACCUCGCUAUUAGAAAAGUGCAAAGCUAAUCGACACGUGGGGAUCCUAGCUUCCUCCAGUGAGCUGGACGUGUAUGUUGUGCUAGUUUAGCUAGCUAGCUAGCUAGCUGUGGGAGAAGCUGACAUGGGAGCUCCACAGGACAGUGACCUCUGACGACAUGUCUCUCAAAACGUAAGAAUUGACCAAAGAGCCGGUGCAUCAUGGCCUUGUCUGAAGUUCACUGGGAUCACCAGAUCCCCCUGCCGAAGCUCGCCCCGGUCCGGGCCAAGCUCACGGUGGCCCUGGUGGCGCUGCUGUGCUUCAUCAACAGCUAUGACGGGGAGUUUGUGUUCGACGAUUCCGAAGCGAUCGUCAACAACAAGGACUUGAAACCAACAACACCGCUGAACAACAUCUGGACCAAUGACUUCUGGGGAAGCAACUUGAGUAGCAACUCCAGUCACAAAUCCUACCGACCUCUCACUGUCCUUACGUUUAGGCUCAACUACCUCUUGGCGGGAGGCCUGCAACCUAUCGGCUUUCACAUGCUGAACAUUGUCCUCCAUGCCAUAAUAUCCGCCCUCAUGAUCGACAUGUUUGCCAUACUGAUUGGUGGACUGGCCUAUGAUGAGAAAGAUAAGAUAGUGAACCUCGCUCCCAAGACGUCUCUGCUUGCCGCCCUCUUCUUUGCUGCACACCCAGUCCACACAGAAAGUGUGGCGGGUAUAGUGGGUCGAGCGGACCUUUUAUGUGCUCUGUUCUUCCAACUCUCAUUCCUCACCUACUGCAAAGCCUUCAACACAGGGAGUGAGGGAGAUGAUAGGUUUUCUGUCCGGUGGGUUGUGGUCAGCCUCUUGCUGUGUGCUGCAGCGAUGCUCUGUAAAGAACAAGGCAUCACCGUCUUGGGUGUGAACGCAGCCUUUGAUGUCCUCCUGAUCUGUAAUGUUAAUGUGUAUGAACUCAGCCAGAGGCUACUCCUUAGGAGGAAUUCGCUCCAUGUAGGUGACGUGGUGCGAACGGGACUGCUGACCCGAUUGGCUCUCAUGGCUCUCGGAGGACUCGCAAUGCUCUACGCACGCUGGAGGAUCAUGGGAACAGGACCGCCGGCAUUCACCGAAGUGGACAACCCUGCUUCUUUUGCAGAAAAUAUAUUUCUCAGAAUAGUGAACUAUAAUUACUACUACUCUCUGAAUGCCUGGCUGCUGCUGUGUCCCUGGUGGCUGUGCUUUGAUUGGUCCAUGGGCUGUGUGCCGCUCAUUAAGGCAGCCACUGAUUGGAGGACGGCGUGGCUGCUGCUGCUCUGGUGCGUCCUGAUAGGCUUGACAAGCCAAGCCUUAUGCUCGCAGGACAGCCAGAGGAGGAGGACUCUGACCUUGGGUCUGGUGCUGCUGGUGGUCCCUUUCCUGCCGGCCUGUAACAUUUUUUUCCGGGUGGGCUUCGUCGUUGCCGAGAGAGUGCUCUACCUAUCUUCGGCCGGCUACUGCCUGCUGCUGGCCUACUCCCUAGGACACUGCUGCUGUCGCUGGAACAAAUACAAGAAGCUGGUCUGUGUAGCCGUGCUUCUGCUGUUGUGUGUGUAUGUAGCUCGCUGCGCCCUCCGCAGUCACCAGUGGCGGACGGAGCAAAGCCUCUUCACCAGUGCCCUGUCUGUCUGUCCGCUCAACGCCAAGGUCCAUUACAACGUAGGUAAGAACCUGGCCGACAGAGGAAACACAACCGCUGCUAUCAGAUAUUACAGAGAGGCAGUCAGGCUGCACCCCUCCUAUGUCCACGCCAUGAACAACCUGGGGAAUAUCUUGAAGGAGCGGAAUGAACUGGUGGAGGCGGAGCAGCUUCUGUCCAAAGCCGUUUCCAUUCAGCCAGACUUUGCGGCGGCUUGGAUGAAUUUGGGAAUAGUUCAGAACAGCCUACAGAAAUUUGAGGAAGCAGAGCUGAGCUACUGGAACGCCAUUCGCUUCCGGAAGAAAUACCCAGACUGCUACUAUAACCUGGGGCGCUUGUAUGCUGACCAGAACAGACACUUGGAUGCCCUGAACGCAUGGAGGAACGCCACAGUGCUGAAACCCGACCACAGCCUGGCGUGGAACAACAUGGUCAUUCUGCUGGACAACACUGGUAACCUGGGUCAAGCAGAGUUGAUCGGCCGAGAGGCUCUGAAGCUCCUCCCCAGUGACCACACCAUCAUGUUUUCAUUGGCUAACGUCCUGGGGAAAUUACAGAAAUACAAGGAGUCAGAGGGCUUUUUCCUUCACGCUCUUCGGAUCAACCCAAAUUCUGCCAGUUGCCAUGGCAAUUUAGCUGUGCUGUACCAUCGCUGGGGAAAGCUGGAGCUGGCAAAGAAACACUACGAGCUGUCUCUAAAGCUGGACCCCGAGGCUCCCGGGACCAGGGACAACUACAACAUGCUGCGACGUAAACUGGACCAGCUUCAGCGCAGCGCACCCUGAAGGAACCUGCUGUAAAAACAAUUAUUUUUCCAUUGUUCCACUCGCUAUGAUUUUAUCUCACUAAUUCUGACUUUGUACCAUUUGAAAAUAAAGACCACGACCUGUUAA